CCCUAGCUGCUGUUCCCCGCACCAAACUUUCCCAACAACCUAGCCCUUGGCCCAAGAUAGAUGUCAUGUGGAGCCCAGAAUAGCUCCUGUUGGCCAUCGUGGCCAGGUCGGGCUCCAACCAGGGACAUAAGGACCUCUGCUUCCUCUGCCUAUGGUUCUCUUUUCGUUCUCUCUGCCUGUGGUCUUUUCCUCUUCCCUUCUGAUACUAUCCCUUUCCCCAUAUGCUCAUGAGUUGGUCCCCAGAGGAGUGCAGGGACCAGGGAGAGGCUCGGGGGGACAGAUACAGCCUUUGUGCAAGGCUGGUAGAGAAGCCUGACAGAGGGUGUGAGGAGCACCUUGAGAGGGGCCCGGGACCUAUCAUCCGCACUGCUUCAGGACCUGCCCUUGCCUUUUGGCAGGCAGUACUUGUUGGGGAUGUGGGCUCUGUCUCUCGAAUCCUCUUGGACUCCAGCACUGGUCUGGCUCCUGAUUCCAUCUUUGAUACCAGCGACCCAGAGCGAUGGAGAGAUUACCGCUUCAACAUCCGUGCUCUGAGACUCUGGUCUCUGACAUAUGAAGAGGAGCUGACCACUCCACUGCACGUGGCAGCCAGCCGUGGCCACACUGAAGUUCUUCGGUUGCUGCUGAGACGUGGAGCAAAGCCAGACAGUGCCCCCGGGGGCCGCACUGCCCUGCAUGAGGCCUGUUCUGCAGGUCAUGCUGCCUGUGUCCAUGUGCUGUUGGUGGCUGGAGCAGACCCCAACACCCCUGACCAGGAUGGCAAACGCCCUUUGCAUCUCUGCCGGGGGCCUGGUAUCCUUGAGUGUGUAGAGUUGCUCCUGAAGUUUGGAGCACAAGUGGAUGGUCGGUCUGAAGAUGAAGAAGAGACCCUUUUGCACAUAGCUGCCCGGCUUGGCCAUGUGGAACUAGCAUAUCUGCUUUUGAAAUGGGGUGCAUGCCCCGACGUCCGCAAUUCUGAAGGUUGGACGCCACUGCUGGCCGCCUGUGAUGCCCGCUGUCAAUCCCCAAAGGAUGCCGAGGCCACCACCAACCGUUGUUUUCAGCUGUGCCACUUGCUGCUGUCGGUGGGAGCAGACGCUGAUGCGGCCAACCAGGACAAGCAGCGGCCCCUGCAUCUGGCCUGCCGCCAUGGUCACUCAGCUGUUGUACAGCUGCUCCUGUCCUGUGGUGUCAGCGCUAAUGCCAUGGACUAUGGGGGACACACACCUCUGCACUGUGCUCUGCUUGGUCCAACUACAGCGCUGGCUCCCAGCCCUGAGAACAUAGUUCGAGAUCUACUCAAUCACGGUGCUGUCCGAGUCUGGCCAGGGGCACUGCCCAAGGUGCUGGAUCGCUGGUGCAUGUCCCCACGGACCAUCGAGGUCCUGAUGAACACAUACUGUGUAGUUCAGCUUCCUGAGGAGGCCAAGGGCUUAGUGCCGCCUGAGAUUCUACAGAAGCACCAUGGAUUCUACUCCUCCCUCUUUGCCUUGGUGAGGCAGCCCAGGUCGCUGCAGCAUCUGUGCAGAUGUGCGCUCCGCGGUCACCUGGAGGGCUGCCUGCCCCACGCGCUACCACGCCUUCCCCUGCCACCGCGCAUGCUCCGCUACCUGCAGCUGGACUUUGAGGACCUGCUUUACUAGAUAUGUAUACCAUGUGCAUGCCUGGUGCCCAGAGAGGUCAGAAGAGGGUUUCAGAUUCCCUGAAACUGAAUUACAGAAGAUUGAGAGCUGCCAUGUCCUCUAGAAGAGCAGCCAGAGUGCUCUUUAAGGGUGGAACCGUUCGUUACUCUAUCUCCCUGGCCCCAUUUUAGGAAAGACCCGGUACUAGAUGUUCAGGGAUUCAGACCAUUUCUGCUUGUUCAGAUGUGAUGGGUUUGAGGGUAAAGGCAUCUGUCCUUGAUCCUAAAGUGUUGCUGACAGGGAGGUGGGUCUCUUCUGAUUGGGCAGGUAUGUCCUUGCUUUGUUCCCUGCAGGAAAACUCAUUUAGAAGGAGGGAGCCUGGGAUUCAUGAUAUCCUUGCUUCUCAAUUAGUCAGAUUAAAUAAUAUGCUUCCUCUCUAAACACAGAGAAGUCAAACGGAAACCAUGGCCGUGUGGCUCAGAGAGGAGCAGGACGUCUUCCAACUCUUUUUAAAUCCCGACUAUGCUCCCCCACUUACAAUGUGGUCUGAGUUUCACCCCAAAUGAAAGGGCAGGGAUAGAGUGUGGGCUGCAGCAGUUACCCCCAACAUGUGAUACUAGAUACUGAAUAUCAAAGACGGAAAGAAGCACUCUUAUGAGCCCAGCAAGGCCAGGGGCGGACUGAAGAUAUGAACGGGUUACAGAGCUCAGUAUCUGGCACACACUUGUGAGUGACUUGCAUGCUGGGAUUUAUUGGUACCAAAAUGUAAACGUCCACCUCUUCGCUAGCUUCAGCAGAACGUCUACUGCUCUGAGUAUUAGUGCUGGACAAUACACUCUUGGCUUGAAGUAGAUGACAUACAUUUUUGAGAUCAGAAGGUCUUUACCCUUGAGACUGUGAGAGUGCACGAUCCAUUUUGUGCCACAGAGAGUGGUAGGCUUGUUUAAGUGUGCAUGCACUAGCAGAACUUUGGGACAGAGAUAUUUCAACAUAUAUCCUUUUGAGCUUUUGAAAUUUUGUUCCAUGUGAUGUUAUUACCUAUGCAAAAAAUGAAUGCAAUUACUUUUAAAAAUG